AUGGAGGGGUCCUGCAGCUCCUCUCCCGUCGGCUUUCAGAGAGCCUUGAAGCCUUUUCGAGGAUCAGCAGAAGAAGAGCCAUCUGCAGCAGCACAAGAGGCCCCUGAAACAACAAGGGUAACGUCCCCUUUGCAUGGGGAACCUCCACCGCCAACACACGCAGCGCCAGUGAACGCGCAAAGAGCUCACGCUGCAGCUUUGACACAGACUGAUCUUCCUCUUUCACCCGCUGCUGCUCUGUGCCCUCGAGCUUGCGACCGCUUCGAGAAUCUCUUGAACACUUAUAGGGCCCCUGGUCUCCGCAGAACCACCCCCGGAGAGGUCGACGUUCCUCCUCGCGAUCGACUGUCAACUUUGGAUUCUGCAUUUGCGCCUCCUAUGGAGGAGGCUGAGGACAAAGGUGCCUUUUCGCAGUGGUGUCGAUUCGCCUCGGAAAUGAUCUAUACGGGGGAACCCAAGCUGGCAAAGGCGCUUCUCGGGGAAGGCAACGACGAGCUGGAUUCUUCGGAGCUCUUACAGUGCGAGAGUUUCUUGCAGGCCGAACGGGAAGUGCUAUUACACGAGGAGCCUCAGGCGCAGUAUGCUGUUUCGUCAGCGAUUCCUAUAGAUGACAGUCGUCCCCCUCCCGUAAUGCAGCUGCCUAUUCACAAAGAGGUUGCAGGGAUGCCUCCCUCUAUGCUGAAGCCUCUGGUGUCUUUCCGGCUCGCCACUGCGGCGGACUGGCAGCAGCUCCAGCAGCUGCACGUUGAGGCGUUCCCCUUCGAGUACGAUGAAGCCUUCUACUCCCACAUCUGCUCGGGGAAGGGGUUCGCCCUCGUCGCUCUUGUGAGGCGGCAAGACAUUCGGAGGCUUCGGCAGCAACUGCAGCAACAACAGCAACCGCAACAGCAGCAACAACAGCAGCCGCAGGAGGAGGAGCGGGCAGAGUUCGCCUACCACCCCGUGUGUGUCAGUCGUGGUGGUAUGGGCAAUGACUCCGUCGCGACGGCUGCUGCUGAGGUGCCCCCGACAGCGGCUCCUGAGUGCGUAAACGAAUCGUCUCCGCCUUUGACUUUCUCUUGCUCUCCUGAACAGCAACAGCAGGACGAGGAGCUGCUCGUUGGCGUGAUUACGGUGUCUCAGAGCCUUGCGUAUAUCCGACCUGAAGACGCAGAGGCUGUCCGGCAGUGGAUGGAUCAGAGAGAAACAGAAUUGGCAGAGGAAGCCACAGCCGCAGCGGCAGUUGCUGCUGCUGAGGCAUCAGAUCUUUCGUCGGCGAAUAGCGAUCCAUCGAGGGAGGCGUCAGCGCAUCCGGGAGCCUCCUCCUCUGUUGUCGCAACGGGGGGGGGGGUGGGGCAGCCGUGUUGUCGCAUGCAACUGGCAGCGAGGCAGCCGCAGCAGCUUCUCACCCUUCCUACAUUUUUCUCGGUUUUUUCUCCGGAUGUCAACAGUGGCGCUACAGUGAUGGCGGAGCAGCGUGGAGGGCUUCGAGAAGACGGUGGUGUGUAUGCGGGUAAUUCAGUUUGGCCGUCCGAGCAGGCAGGCAUUGCAGCUUCGGCUGCUGUGCGCUCCGGUGGUUUAGAUUCGCCUUUGCUCAGUACAAGUGCGGGAGCUUGCGUUCCAGAUGUUUCUCAGCUGUUGCCUUCGGCGCUAGCUCCUGAUGAGGAGUGCAGCGAUUUGGCUUACGUAUUGACGCUGGCAGUUGCUGCACCGUUCCGCCGCUUGGGUGUUGCAGCUGCCCUGCUGCAUCUUGCGGUGGCAUUUUUUCGAUCUGCCUAUAAUCCUGUGGCCACUGCUGCACUGUAUCUGCAUGUGGUAGACUACAAUACCGCUGCUUUAUCCUUUUAUAUGAAAAAUGCCUUCUCAAACAUUACCUACAUCCCCGGAUACUAUGCGAUCAACGGAAAGUCCUACGGAUCGUAUCUGUGCUGCAUGCACCUGCAUGAACACUGCAGCGCCUGCAGCCAGAGCCGACUGCUGCGGGCUGUAAGGCAGUAUCAAACGCAAUCAUUCAUCAACAGGCAGACGGAGGGCAUCGUGAAGGGCCUUGAAGGCAUUGGGAAUGCCUUCAGAGCGGUAGGCAGGUCUGUCACUGCCUUCCUCCAGAACCAGGAGGUAAAUGACGCGCAAGACGCGAAUGCCAGCCUUCAGUCUUCUCACACAGACACGGGCUAG